AGACCUCGGCUCAACACAGCUCCGGAGCCACAGCUGCCAUGGCUUGGAAACUCCUGCCACUGCUGGCCCUGGUGGCACAGGCAGCCGAUUACAACAUCGUGAAUUUGGACAACAGCACCUUGAAACUGCUGACGGGCAAAGACAUUCCUGCAUUUGUUCGUUUUGACAGAGACUACCCCUAUGGUGAGAAGGCCGAAGCCUUCAAGGCAUUGGCGCAGACAGCUGCAGGGGCCAAGGUGCCACGGGGUGGUGAUCAUCGGCACAGUGGGCAUCUCCACCUAUGGUGAGAAGAUGAAUCAGGAUUUGGCGGAAAGGUUUGGCUACAAGCCGUCGGACAAGGAGUUGGAAUACAGUGACAUGGACAACAUCUUUCCCAGGUAUCGCUUCUUCCCCACCAACGGUGCAGACAUGGAGUAUACCGGGCCAGUGACGGUGGAUGCCAUGACGUUGUACCUGAAGAAGGAGGCAAAGAUCUACUUCGGCCUCAAGGGUACUAUCCGCGAGUUCGACAAGUUGGCGGCCGACUUCGUAAAAGAGGGGGCAAACAAGGCAGAAGUCCUUAAGAAUGCCAAGGCUGCAGCAGAUGCGCUUGAAGGCGCCGACAAGGAUGCAGCGGCUUACUACGUGAGAGCCAUGGAGAAGUCACAAGAGAAGGGUGACUGGUUCAAGACUGAGACCGACCGGCUGAAGCAGAUCAUCGGCGGGGGCAAGGUGGCCCCAAGCAAGAAGGAUGAUAUGCAGCUGAAGGUGAACCGACUCAGUGCUUUUGUGUCUCCCAGCGAUGAGCUUUGAGCCUCGCCAAAGAGGGGUACCACUGGAUGGUGGUUUUGAACCAGAAACUAGCAGGAUGC